AUGGAGAACAAUGGAUAUGCGCCGUUUGUCUACGGCCUGUUUUUUCUUUACCUUCUUCUCCACGUCAGUGGAGACGUGGGCUACUCAAUCGCAGAGGAGAUGAAACGUGGAUCUGUAAUCGGAAAUAUUGCCAAGGAUUUGGGACUGAAUGUGGGCCAGUUGUCUGCUCGUAAAGCACGUAUUGAUCCGGAGGACAACGACUUACAUCACUGCGGCUUAAACCUCAACACUGGUGAUUUGAUUGUUCAGGAAAGGAUUGACAGAGAGGGGCUAUGUGAUAAAAAGGCAUCGUGUGUUAUAAAACAGCAGCUUGUACUGGAAAAUCCUUUAGAACUUCACCCCAUUAAUAUCCGUGUUCAAGAUAUCAAUGAUAAUUCACCACAAUUUAAUGAAGACUCGCUAAAAUUAGAAAUCCGAGAAUCAGCAGUGAAGGGUGCUCGUUUUCGUCUCAGAGAAGCACAUGAUGCUGAUAUAGGAGAAAAUGCUGUCAAAAGCUAUACUUUACAACUGAAUGACCAUUUCAAAUUAAAUGUGAACACAAAAGGUGGCCGGAAGUUCUGCGAAUUGGUCUUGGACAAAGAAUUAGACAGAGAAGAUAAAAAAGACAUGAUGCUCUCGCUGACUGCUUAUGACGGGGGCUCUCCUCAGAGAUCAGGCACAGUAGUAAUACACAUCACUGUGUUGGAUGCUAAUGAUAAUGAACCGGUGUUUAGUCAGUCAAUCUAUAAAGCCAGCCUGCCCGAAAACUCUCUUAUUGAUACCUUGGUGAUCACUGUGAGUGCAAGUGAUGCAGAUGAAGGUUUAAAUAGCAAAAUCACAUAUGCGUUUGAUCAUGUAUCCGAUGACAAGAGUAAUGUAUUUUCUCUAAACCCCAUGACAGGGGAUGUGAGAGUGGCUGGUGUUGUUGAUUAUGAGAAAGUGAAAGCAUACGAAAUGCAAAUAAGUGCUAUAGAUGGUCUUGGUUUAGUGUCUUAUUCAAGUAUAAUUAUUGACAUAACUGAUGUCAAUGACAAUGCCCCAGUGAUCAAUGUAAAGUCACUUUCCAGCCCAGUAGCUGAAAAUGUGUCACCUGGUACAGAGGUGGGCAUCAUUAAUGUGCAGGACAAAGACUCUGGACAGAAUGGACUGGUCCGGUGCUCCAUACAACAAAAUGUCCCCUUUAGGUUAAUUGCUUCUAUUCAAAACUAUUAUUCUCUUGUGACUACUGGACAACUGGACCGUGAACUGGUGUCUGAUUACAACAUUACGAUCAGUGCCACUGACGAAGGUUCUUCUCCUCUGUCUUCCUCUAAAAGUAUUCACUUGUCUGUAGCAGAUAUCAACGACAACCCACCUGUGUUUGAGGAAGAAUCCUACAGCGCCUAUGUCAGUGAAAAUAAUCAAGCCGGCUCCACUUUAUGUUCCGUUAGCGCCCGAGACCCUGACUGGAGACAGAACGGUAGCGUAAUCUAUUCUCUGUUACCCACUGAGGUAAAUGGUUCCCCGGUGUCCUCCUUUGUGUCUGUUCACGGAGAUACGGGGGUGAUCCACGCCGUGAGGUCGUUUGACUAUGAACAUUUGAGGAGUUUUCAAGUCCGCGUCAUUGCCAGAGACAACGGUUCUCCUCCUUUGAGCAACAACGUGAGUGUCAGUGUGUUUGUCUCAGACGUGAAUGACAACUCCCCUCAGAUACUGUACCCUGCUCCAGAAGGUAACUCAUUCAUGACCGAGCUAGUCCCCAAAGCUGCGCAAGGGGACUCUGUGGUGUCUAAAGUGAUUGCGGUGGAUGCAGACUCUGGACAGAAUGCUUGGCUCUCCUAUCAUAUAAUCAAGUCCACAGAUCCAGGACUUUUCACCAUCGGUCUCCAUAGUGGAGAGAUCCGGACCCAGCGGGACAUUUUGGAAUCUGACAGCAUGAAACAGAACUUGAUUGUGGCAGUGAAAGAUAAUGGACAGCCUUCUCGCUCUGCCACCUGCUCCAUGUAUUUACUUCUUUCUGAUAACUUGGCUGAGUUGCCAGAACUGAAAGAUAUUUCUUACGAAGAGAAGAAUUCCAAACUGACAUCUUAUCUUAUCAUCGCUCUGGUGUCUGUGUCUACCUUUUUUCUGACCUUCAUCAUCAUUGUCCUGGGCGUGAGGUUUUGUCGCAGGAGAAAGCCCAGACUGUUGUUUGAUGGAGCAGUUGCUAUCCCCAGUGCAUAUCUCCCUCCCAAUUACGCAGAUGUUGACGGAACAGGAACCUUACGCAGUGCCUACAACUAUGACGCCUACUUGACAACAGGUUCUCGGACCAGUGACUUUAAGUUUGUUUCUUCCUACAAUGACAACACGCUACCUGCUGAGAAAACCCUUAGGAAAAGUCCAAGUGACUUUGUUGAUGAGCUUCAUGAUUCUUUUGACCCUUUUGAGCUCCGGUCUUUCUACACGCUUGACACAACUGUGGUGUGUUACGCUGUGGAUAUCCGUGGAGAUCAUUUUUGUAUUUCUUUUGCAAAAGGGAACGUCGUCUAA